AUGGCGGAGAGUAAAUUAGAAAAUAAGUUGUUCAAUUCAUUUGAAAAUAAUGAAUAUGGAAAUCAUAUAAGGGAAGUAGUAACUCCAUUAGGUGAUGUAUAUAUAAUAAAUGAAAAGACAAAUGAAAAAUUUAUCAAAGGGAGUCAACGUCGUGAUGGUACAUUUAGAAAGAGCAUUCGUGUAAGAACAGAUUAUAUGCCACAAGAAGAAAAUUGUGCGUAUAGAGUUAAGGGAAAAUUGAUGGAGGAAAGAAAUCAAAAUAGUAAGGCAUUUCCCAGUAUAAGUACUAGAAAUGAAGGUAUAAAAAUAAAUAAUGUCGUAAAUAAAACUAGUGAAAGAAAAAUACCUGGGUGGAAUCCUGUUGAGGAUAAUACAACCAAUAAUACUAAUAAUUUAAAAAAGAAAAAGAAGAAAAAAAAUAAUAAAAAUCGUGAAAAUGUAGCAAAUUGA